AUGUCUUUUUCUCCUUGUGGCUCCUUCCUCCUCUAUGUUACUGAUGACAGCAGCAGCAGCAGCAGCAGCAGCAGCAGCAGCAGCAGCAGUGUACCUAACAUAUCAACAGCAGCAACAACAGCAACAACAACAACAACCAGCAGCAGCAGCAGCAACAGCAACAGCAGCAGCAGCAGCAGCAGCACGACGAAGGAAGAUCCAUCAUCCUCUUCCUCUUCUUCUUGCUCAUCAGGCGGAUCACAACAACAACAACCACCAGCAGCAGCAGCAGCAGCAGCAACAGCAGCAGCAGCAGCAGCAGCAGGAGGAGGAGGAAAAAAAGAAAUAAUAAUACAAGAAGCAGGUAUAAUAGAUGUAUAUGGUGAUGAAUGUUUAACAACUUUUAUUCCUCUUAGGGGAAACACAAUAGCUGACGAUACACCCCAAGUACUACAGGCAUUCUGGGCUCCUGUUGCUCCUGCUGCUGCUGCUGCUGCUCCUCCUCCUCCUCAUGCUGCUGCUGCUGCUCUAUCUGGUGGUGGAGGUGGGGGAGCAGCAGGAGGGGGAACAGCAGCAGCAGAUUCGUCCCUUGUUGUUGUUAUUACACAAAAAUCUAUUGAACUCUUUAAGUUUAUUCAUAGUGGUAAGACAUUGCAUGCAUUAAAGAAAAUAACACAAACAUCUCUUCUUGCUUGGGUAUUACCCCCUACACCAAGGAGACAAACCCUAGAUAAUCAGCAGCAGCAGCAGCAGCAGCAACAGCAGCAGCAGCAGCAGCAGAGUGUAGCAGCAGCAGCAGCAGCUAUUGCAGCAGCAAAUACAGGACCUUCUGUAUUUGUUGUUGCUAUUGCACAAAGAACUCUACAACCCUUCCUAUUAGAUUCAAGAACUCUGAGUCUAGUUCGUUUACCAAAGAUAGAAUUAAAUCUUCCUUUAUGGCAAGCACUGCAGCAACAAGAUGUUUAUCUUUGUUGUUUAUAUAAUACUGUUUAUUGCAUGCAUGCAGACCCGCAUGCAGGAAGAAUAUCCUUAAGGGCAAUAACAGGACCUAUACAACCAGAUACUGUAUUAGAUGCUCUUGCUCCUGGGGAAUUAAAGAUAUUAGCAUUAGAUAAUUUAUUGGUGGUUUAUAAUGCGGGGUUAGAGUUGGUCUUAUUAUAUGAUUUAAAUCAAGGAGGAGGAGGGGGAGGAGGAGGAGGAGGAGGAGGAAUAAAGGGUAUAGAUUAA